AGCUCGAGAGACGCGGGCUCCGUGGGAGGCGCCAGCGCAGGUGUAGCCGGGGGGCGCGACGGCGCAAUGCCGCUUCGCCGCGCGGAGGAGUGCGGCGAGGCGCAGGCGCCCGACGACCUGCUGAGCCUGGAGGACUUUGACGACAACAGCCUUCUGCACGCGCUGUGGGCGCGGUACGAGAGGAAGAAGAUCUACACUUGGGUGGGCAGCGUCCUCGUCUCCGUCAACCCCUACCGCGACAUCGGCGUGUUCCGCGAGGAGGUGCUGCAGCGCUACGCGAGCAGCGACCCGCCGUCGGCGCCACACCUCUUCGCAACCGUGCAGGCCGCCCUCGCGGCUCCCGGAGACAGGCACGCCCUACUCGUCACCGGCGAGAGCGGCGCGGGCAAGACUGAGGCGACGAGGGCCAUCCUCUCCUUCCUGGCCUUGCGCCGCACCUGCGGCUCCUUCAUCCGCGACCGCCUGCUAAGGAGCACGCCCGUGCUCGAGGCGUUUGGUAACGCCCACACGCGGCAGAACACCAACUCCUCGCGGUUCGGCAAGUUCAUCGAGGCCGCAUCUUCCCCUCAGGGCCCGCGGGUGCCGAGGUCUCGGGCGCCACGCUGCAGCCCUACAUGCUGGAGGCCUCGCGCGUGGCCGGCGAUCUCCCGGACGGCGAGCGCACGUAUCACGUCUUCUAUCUCCUGCGCGCGGCGCUCAGCGCGGCCAUCAGCGACAGCCCACCGCAGGGGAACCUGUGGGACCACCUCGCGCGCAUCCCGGAGCCGGGCCGCCCCUGGGCCAUCCGGCCCACGAAGCGGCUGCGCACAAAGGUGUCGCUCGCCGACAUGGCGCUCGCUCAGGAGUGGGUGGAGCUGGCCCGCGUCGCCGGCCCCGGCCUUUCGACUUGCGCGCGUCUGCGCGACGGGCCCCCGGAGGCCCGAUGCGCCGUGGGUUCGAGGUGCUCGUAGAGGGCCUGCUCGGCUCUGGGCUGCAGCUCUCGGAGGUGGUGGAUUGCUGCCGCGUCGCCGCGGUCGUGGGGCUCCUGGUCGACACCGCGGGUGGGGGGGGCCGCCUCGCGGCGGCGGCGGCCCUGCUCAGGGUCGCCGAGGCCGACCUGCGAGGCUUCCUCACGAGGGCCCAGAUGUCCGUCGGCGCCGGAGGCAAAGAGCAGCUCGUGCGCGAGCGGGGCGCCACGGAGGCCGCCACGCUGCAGGCAUCGCUCGCGCAGGAGCUCUACUCUGCCCUGUUCGGGUGGCUCACCCGCCUGGUGGCGCGAGGCAUCGCGCCGCCGAGCCUCUCCGGCAACGGCCAGGGCGCCUCUGAGCCGGGCGGUUGCCAGCUCGGCCUGCUGGAUCUCUACGGCUUCGAGGUCUUCGCCGUCAAUGGCUUCGAGCAGCUGCUGAUCAACUACUGCAACGAGCGCCUGCAGCAGCUCUUCAACCGCCAGGUCUUCGCCCGCGAGGCCGAGGAGUACGUCGCCGAGGGCAUCGACGCCGACGGGCGCAUGGCGUGCCUGACGGCCGCCUGCAGGCUCCCGGCCCUGGCGCUCCUAGAGGGCGAGCCCGGCGGCGGCAUGGGCGUGUUCGGCAUCGUCAACGACCGCUCCCGCUGCAGCUUCGAGGAGUCCGUGAGCAGUGGCGCCGACGGCAGGGGCGGCUGCCCCCUGGCCGAGACGGUCGCGACAUCCCACGGCGGCCACCCGGCCUUCUGCGGCGCCGGGAAGGGGGCCUCCAGGGCCUUCGGGGUGAGGCACUUCGCGGGAGAGGUGAUCUACGAGGCCGCCCAGUUCGUCCGCAAGAACGCCAGCGCGCACAGGCCGGACAUCGUGGCCUUCUUGCGCGGCAGCGGCUGCCCGUUCGUGCGCGGGGUGUUCGCUGGCAGCGCCGAAGCGGCGGCGGACGGCGGGGCGUCCUCGAGCUCCACCGGCUACGCACCGCAGCCCCGCCGGAAGCUCUUCGGGAAGACGAUCAUCUCCAGUUUCCAGCAGGAGCUCAACGAGCUCUGCACCGCGCUUGAGACGCGCCAGUGCCGCCACGUGCGCUGCCUGCGGCCGAACGACAGCCAGUCGCCGCUCGUGUUCGACGACGGCUCCAUGCUGAGGCAGUGCCGCUACAGCGGGCUGCUGGAGGCCACGCGCAUCCGGCGGCAAGGCUUCCCGCACCGCAGGCCCAUGGAGGCAUUCGCGGCGAGGUACGCCGACCUGCUCGGCUCCCGCGAUGCCCGCCGCGCGGUGCGUUCCGCCGCCCUCGAGCCGGAGGACGCCCUUGCGGCCUGCGAGGUGAUCUGCGAUGCGGCGAUCCGCGAGGGCGGGGUCCCGGAGGACGAGCUGCACAUCGGCCACUCGAAGGUCUUCCUGCGCCAGACGGCGCUGGAGUGGCUGGAGCUCACCAGGCAGCGGGUCGCCUCCACGGCCAUCUGCGCAUUGGUCCGAGGCUGGGCCGUGAGGCACCGCUUGGAAGUCCUGACCUACAGCGCGAUCGCCAUCCAGUGCCUCGCGCGUCGCGUCGCCGCGCGCGGGCUUCUCCGCCAGCUGCGCGCGGAGGCCGCCGCGGCCGCGGAGGCCGCCCGGGCCGAGGAGGAGCUGCGCCUCGAGCGGGAGCGCCAGGAGCGCCUGGCGGAGGAGGCGACGGCCCUGGCCGAGGCGGAGAGGCAGCGCCUGGCCCUCGAGCAGGCGGUCGCGGAGGCCGCCGCCGCCGCCGCGGAGCGCGAGGCCGCGGAGGCGGCGCGGCACCGCGCGGAGGCGGAGCGAAAGGCCGCCGAGGAGGCCUGGGUGCACCGCCAGGCCGUCCAGAUGCUGGCCGCGGCGCGCCAGGAGGCCGCCCAGCGCCUUGAGCAGGAGGCCCGGCAGGCGCAGCCACGCCGCGGCCCAACGGCCUCCGAGGCGAAGGCCGCGGCGGCGGCGGAUGCGAUCGAGGAGCGGGGCGCUGGCAGUGGGGCGGCCGCCGCGGCAGGCGAGGAGGCGAGGGGGGCGCUGGCAGCCCAGAGCGCCUGCUCCACCCUGCAGCGAUGGUGGAGGGGCCGGCCCGCAAAGGCCAGCGAGCGGAGGCAGCAGGGGCGUGCCUGCCUGUGGGACUGCCUCGGCGAUGGGGAGCCCGCCGAGGACCAGCUGCGGUCGUCGGCGCGCCGCCACCGGGAGACGCAGCCGAAGCCGCGCGUUGCGAAGCACGAGGAGCGCCAGAAGCCGGCCGCCCCCCGCAAGGUGACCGUGCGCCCCGCGCAUCAGCCGACCGCGGCGAUGCUCCGCGUGGCGACGCCCGCUCGGGCCGCCUCGCGCAGAGGCGCCCCGCCUCCCACGUACGCGGCGGCGAACUUAAAGAAGGGCGCCGCUGCCGCGGCGGCGCUCGGCGCGGACCCUCAGCAUGAUCCGACGGGACCGCUGUCCAGUGCGGCCGCCAGCGCGGUCGAGGAACCCGCCACACGGCCCGUGGAGCCGCGGGUGGCCCGCGCGACAGCCGCCCGACCCGCGGCGCACACGCGCGACCUGGGCGCGAGCUACCGGUCCGCGGCCGACAGCUUGGCGGACUCGGGCGUGGCGGUGCCGAGGACGAACACCUGGGCUUCCACCAAGUCGGCCAGCGUCGCCUCAUCGCGCUUUGCCAGCAGCAGCGUCGCCACCACUGCCGCCACCGACGCUCUCACGGGGUCACGCCGCGGAGCGCGAUCACCGCAGGGCCUCUGCGGCUCGGCGGGUGCGUUCGCGCCCGCGCCAAGGCCCUCCUCGCAGGCGCCUGUCUCUGGCGGCUGCGGCGGCGCUCAGGCCGGGGACGUCCCGAGGGUCCCCUCGGAGGCAGCCGCGCGCCCUUGGAGCGAAUGGCCCCGCGGCCGCGCAGGAGCCUCGCGCUCUCCGUCGCGCCCCGCGCUCGGCUACCACUCCCCAGAGCUUCCCGUGAGCCGCGCGCGGUCGCCAGUGAUCAUCCGCGCGGCUGGCUCCACCGCGGCGCUGCGCACGAGGUCCUUCCCCCCCGGCAGCGUGUAUCCCGCCUCCCCACCUCCAGGCAUGGUGGUCGCAGGAGCUGGGUCGCCGCAGCCGUGCACCUGGAAGGUUGCGAGGAAGACCGUGGUCGUGAGGGCCGCGCCAGGCUGCUCCUCGGCGGGGCCGCGCUGCCUGACACCCGCGCCCGUCGGCACCGUGCCGGUCGUGCAGUCCCAGCCCAGCUUCCGUCAGGGCGCGAGGUCCCCAGCGCGGGCCGCGCCAGCGCAGGUGGUGCAGAUCCGCGCGCUCUCCCCGGGGCCGGUGCCCUGCUCGGGCACCGCCUGGGUGCGCGUGGUCUCGCCGCUGCCCGGGCGCGCGGCGCCCCCGAUGGCCAGGCUGGCGAGCCCGGCGCCGUCCUUCUCGGGAGCGGGCACGCCGAAUGCCGGCGGCUCGAGGGCCUCCGCGUCGGGGACCACCACACCCUCGGCCGCGGUGCUGCCUGCCCCGUGGCUGCUGUGCGGCAGCUGGGCCGCGGCGCAGCCGGGCUCCCCUCUCGCCGUCGAGGCGCAGGCGGGCUGCGCCGCGGCGCGCAGGCGCUCAUCCCCUCCCGGCCGGGCGGCGCCCCACGGCGUGCGGGUGCAGCCGCCGCCCACGCUGGUCCCCACGGUGGCGCCGCCGCGGUGAGUCCGCGGCCCGCGCGUGGCCCCUGGCGCCCCGGGCUGCCAGGGCCCUUCCGUUCUUUGGCAUCGCUCGGGCGCGUGCGUUUUUUGUUUUCGCGUCUUCGGGGAAGGCUCAGAGCACUCUUCAGAACGCCGGGGGACUUCGUGCCUUCUUGAGAAGGAAGGCCCGCCCCUUCUCACUUCUUCCGCGGGCUCGCCGCCGAGCAUGGGUGUAUUCUGCGGGCGAUGCAGGAAAUUCGGGAGCGCGUGCCCGAGUGCGCGCGCACACGGGCAUCCAAUUAGCUAGGGCAUCGCUGGCAGAGCUGCACAGACAGCCGUCCCAGCAGCUCCAGGCCGCGCUUGGAGCGCCAACGUAUCCAAAUUUGCUGCACGUCCACCCGCCUGCCUCGCAGCCGCUGUCGCCCCUCGGCCUUCCGACCCAGGCUUCGCUCUCCCCCACUUUGGCCUCCUCUUCUGCCCUCCCCUCUCCGUUCAUCGCACCAUUCCUUUGGCCUCCUCUUGGUGCCCUCAAGGUGGGCAGCGAUCUGACAGGACGCGAGGGAGUGUGAAAAAGGAGCUUGGCUCGACGGCCACGCGACCAAUUGCCUUC